CGCACUAGAGACGUCAUGACCGUGCAGGCCAAUCAGGUGGCGAGGGCGGGCGGGCCGCUUGUGUUUGAAUUUGGUCCCUGGGAGGCCAGAGAAGGAGGUGACGGCGUGCGGCCCGGGGAGAGCCAGCGGCGCCCCCCGCCUGCAGGUAAAAGAGAUUUCAGUUGCUUCGUCUGGAGAAUUUUUCUUGGCAGCAAAGAAGAAUUAAACCAAAGCAUCAUCAUGUCCACUGCUACCCAGGAAGAUAUUUGCAAUCAUGUGAGAGUGGUGGUCCGUGUCCGUCCACAGAAUCAAAAAGAAAAAGAUGGCAACUUUAAUAAAGUGCUUCAUGUUGUAGACAAGCAUAUGCUGGUCUUUGAUCCAAAAGAAGAGGAAUUUAGCUUCUUUCAUGGGAAGAAAGUAACAUAUAGGGAUAUUAAUAAGAGGAAAAACAAGGAUCUUAAUUUUGUGUUUGAUGCUGUUUUUGAUGAAAAUUCAUCUCAAUUAGAAGUUUUUGAACACACUACCAAAACUGUGCUUGAUGGCUUUUUAAAUGGAUACAAUUGUACAGUGCUUGCAUAUGGCGCAACAGGAGCAGGAAAGACCUACACGAUGCUGGGCUCACCUAAAGAACCAGGAGUGAUGUAUCUAACCAUGAUGGACCUUUACAAUUGUAUGGAUCAAAUAAAAGAAGAGAAACUGUGUACUGUUGCCGUUUCAUAUCUAGAGGUCUACAAUGAACAGAUCCGUGACCUGCUAGUAAAUUCAGGACCACUGGCUGUCCGUGAAGAUACCCAGAAAGGGGUGGUAGUUCAAGGAUUAACAUUACAUCAGCCUAAAUCUGCAGAGGAGAUCCUUCAGAUGUUGGAUUAUGGAAACAAGAAUAGAACACAGCACCCCACUGAUAUGAAUGCCUCAUCUUCUCGGUCCCAUGCUGUCUUUCAGAUUUAUUUAAGGCAGCAAGAUAAAACAGCAAGUAUCAGUCAAAAUGUUCGUAUUGCCAAAAUGUCCCUCAUUGACCUGGCAGGGUCUGAACGUGCCAGUGCCACAAAUUCCAAAGGAGCUCGUUUUAGAGAAGGGACCAACAUUAACCGUUCACUGCUAGCUCUUGGAAAUGUCAUUAAUGCCUUGGCGGAUCCAAAGAGCAAGAAACAACACAUUCCUUAUCGUAACAGCAAGCUUACUCGUUUAUUGAAAGAUUCUCUUGGAGGGAAUUGUCGAACUAUAAUGAUAGCUGCUGUUAGUCCUUCUUCUAUGUUCUAUGAUGACACUUACAACACUCUUAAGUAUGCAAACCGAGCAAAAGAUAUUAAAUCUUCUUUGAAAAGCAAUGUUGUUAGUUUGGACAGUCAUAUAAGUCAAUAUGUUAAGAUUUGCAAUGAACAAAAGAAAGAGAUCAUAAUGCUGAAAGAGAAACUGAGAGCAUAUGAAGAAGAAAAAGCAGCCAUUCCUGAAAAGCAUGGUACAAGUGUUCUUUCAAACCAGCAGCAAGUGAAAAUUCAAAGAUUUCGAGAAAUUCUAAAAAGUUUGUUUAUAAAACGGGAGGAAAUCAGAAAGGAAUACCUCAAGCUGGAAAUGCGGUUUAAAGAGAACAUUUUGAAAACAUAUUACCAGAAACAAUUCCAUGAACAAAUUGAGUUGAUGUGUUCUGAAGAGAGAGUAGAAAAGGCCACUUGUAAACGGGAUCAUAGGCUCGCAAUGCUUAAAACUCGUCGUUUGCAUGUGCAGAAGAAGAAAGAAGAGGAGAUGAAACACUUUGAGGAGAAUACUAAUUGGCUGCAUCGUGUGGAAAAUGAAAUGCGCCUCCUAGGACAAGAUGGCCAUAUUCCACAGGUGCUCCAUAAAGAUCUUCACUGCUACCAUUUAAAGCUAGAGGUCAAGGAUCUGAAAAUGCAGAUUGAGCACAUGAUGUCUCUAGUAUCACUUCAAGAGCAGCAACAUAAGCAAACAGAAAAAGUACUAAAUGCUUUGCUUCCAGUUCUGAGAAAACAGUACUUCAUCUUAAAAGAAGCAGGGCUGGCAAAUGCUGUCAUUGAGGCUAACUUCAAGGAGAUUGAACAGCUGAUUCAGAGACCAAAAACGGUAGUUUGGGCUGACCAACCUGUUGAAGAGGAACCAAAACAAAAUAAUCAACCAGAGAUGUCUGUUAUCCUGGCAUUUCCACAACUUGCAAGCAAUCCAAAUACACCUUGCCGUACUCCUUCAGGAGUGCCUUCAGAGGAAGUCAAGAAAAAUAUGCAACAUGUAAGCGAAUGUGCAGUCCCUCCACAAAAAAGAACAAGGCGGAAGCUCAUGAACUCUCCAGCAACAGCGCAAAGUCCUAAAGCUUCUGAACGGUCUAACCUUAGUUGCCUGGAGGAUUCCCUCAGCAAGGAGGUUCGUCCUAUUGUGUACACACCAGAAGUCUGCAGAAAAUCUAUGCCAAUCUUUUGUACACAGACUGUGGUAAAGCAACCAUUACAAGUGGCAAGUCUUCCCGAAGUUAACAAUUGUAAUGUAGACAUUCAUUUCCCUUUGAAAGAAGAGUGUGACAUGGACUUCACAUAUAACGUGAUACCACAGUGUGAACAGACAGACAUGAACUCAACAGUGACUCUGUAUGAAGGUACAAGUAACACAAAUGACCCUUCUGAUGACCUGUCUGAAAAGGAGUCACACCUGUGCAGCAACAGCAGUGUUUUACAAAGACUUGGUCUCCCAUCACUGCUGAAUAAAAAUCCUGGUCCAAUACAUGAGCAGCCAUCUUAUAUGGCAAUGACUUCGGCUGCUGAGAGAAAAAGGAAGUUGUUAAGUUCUGUGCCAAACAGUGGGUUAAGUAGCCUGCAAAAUCCUGUGUCUGCAAAGCGUAUUCGACAGGAUAUCUUGUUAAGUCAUAAACCUUUACGAGUGCCCAGAAAAGCAGGAAUUGGAACAAGAAGCCGGAAACAAGAACCAAAUAUGCAGAGAAACCUUGUUAGAAGUCUUUCUGAAGGAAAUGUAACAUUGGGUCUGAAAUCAAGGACAUCAACAAAUUUUUUAAUUCGUCUUUCUAAGAAAAAGUAAGAUUUAGAUGUGAUGCUCAUCAUUUCAGGCAGGACUGGAAGCAUUCAAGUAAAGGUUUGAUUUUUCCCUGCUGCAGUAUUUCUCGUCUGAGACUUAUCGGCCCAUGUCUGCCACUGUAAUGCACAAUUCUAGAAUGACCACUUACCUUUCCGAGGAGGAUUUCAUUGAAAUAUCUUUACAAUUUAAAUUUUACAAAACUUUUUAAUGGAUGCCCAUUAACAUAUACAGACUUUUACUGCUGUGUUUUAGCAAGAGAAUAGAAAUGAGUCAUUGGGCUUGGGGAUGGGGGAUGACGAUUGUGAUGUCUACUUAUUUCAUGAUGCUGUUUCCAUAACCCUUGCAAGCAUAAUAAUAAAUUAUUGCCUUGCAGUACUCAAACUCUUCAGGAACCAGUGAUGUCAGCUUUUUUAAGAAAUCCCUUUUUAACAUCACUUACAAAUUCUCAGUCUUUAUUAUGAUGCACCAAAUGUUUAAAUAAUUAGAACAUUGAGUUUAUUGCAUUUAUGCUUUUCACUGAAAUUUUCUACUAUUAAACUUUCAUUUUUCAUUUACAAAUAAAUGAAACAGCCCCUUAUAUUAAUACAUUCAUGUUUUAGGCAUUGGAAUGUCAAUUUGUUCUAAAAUAUUAAUGUGGUGAUGUAGGGUGAUAGCACCAACAGGGUACCAGGAGACAGGAAAAGAGUUUACUGGAAAUUUUUUUUUUAAAUGGUAGCCAUAAUAUUUUGAGCUCAGACUUUUAAUUUGACAAUUUUUAAUCUGUUGUUUAACCUAAUUGCUUGAAUAACAUAAAAACAGCUCUGUAUUUUGAUGUUUUAUAGUUUUCAAAACUAUAAUUUUAUUGUAAAUAGGUGAAUUAUGUUAAUUGUUCUGAAUAAAGUUUUUUUUAACUGUAAA